AUGGACGUGAUAAACAAGACCCAAGUGAGAGUGUUUGUGUUUUCUGGACUCACCGAAAAUAGAGAACUUGCCAUGUUCCUCUUCAUACUCUUCUUACAUGUCUACGUGAUGACUGUAUUGGGAAAUGUUGGCAUGAUGGCUAUUGUCCAUAUCAGCUCCAACCUCCAUACACCAAUGUACUUUUUCCUAAGCUAUCUCUCCCUGGUGGAUCUUUUAUACUCCUCAGUUAUAACUCCUAAAAUGCUUUCUGACCUUAUCUCCACAAGGAAGGCCAUCUCAUUUGUUGGGUGUGCCCUUCAGCUCUUAUUUUUUGGUGCACUAGCUUGUACUGAGGUUUUACUUCUCGCAAACAUGGCAUAUGACCGGUAUGCUGCCAUCUGCCGCCCUCUACACUAUGUUUCUAUAAUGAGCAAGAAAAAAUGUUCAUGUCAGGUUGUCCUAUCUUUUUUCAUUGGAUCUUUGGUAUCAUCCGUGCAGAUGAGCUGUAUAUUCAGUCUCCAGUUCUGUGGCUCAAACAUCAUAGACCACUUCUGCUGUGACGUUCCUCCACUGCUCAAGCUGUCCUGCUCUGACACUUUCUCUUGUGACAUGAUAACUGUUUUCUCCAUUGCGUCCUUUGGCCUAGGUUCAUUUCUGAUCAUUCUGAUCUCAUACACUUUAAUCAUUUCUUCCAUUCUGCAGAUGAAGUCUGCUGAGAGCAGACAGAAAGCAUUCAGUACAUGUUCUUCACAUGUCUUGUGUGCCUCCAUCUUCUAUAUGUCCAUUUUUUUCACAUACCUACGUUCUCCCUCAAAUGUCAUUGAGAAUCAAGAAAAGACGGCUUCCAUCUUCUACUCAGUUGUGACACCAAUGCUGAAUCCACUUAUAUACAGCCUGAGAAAUCAAGAGGUUAAAAAAGGCAUUAUACGAGUAGUGUACAAACUGAUGUAG